CUCUGCGUGAGUCUAAGGAGGCGUUGGAGAGUGUUAGUUCUUCGUUGGAUGUUCUUCAUGAGGGAACGUCUCGCCUGGCGCUCCGUCUGAUGUAUGAACGGACCUCCCUGUCCAACACCCUGUCUGAUCCGGCCUGCACUAACGGAGCUGUGUCGCGCACCUGCUACAACAUCCGCAUGACACUCCCACAGCUGGGAAUCAACAGCAACUUCUCUGGGUUACCAGACGUCAGUCCCCAGUUGGCCAGUUUAGAGAUUGUCCUGAAGACAGACCUCAGCAACAUUUUACAGAAGGGUUAUUCAUCCUUCAAUGACACCCCCAGACUGGUCCAACAGCAGACUAAGAAUGUAGUAGCAGCUCUGCCUAGAGUGAAGGCCAUGCUGGAUAAAAUAGGAGUAGAGAUUAUAGGUUUCUCUAAGAUGUUCCCAGUGGAAGCAUCUCUGGCCAACUUCACCAUCUUCCUGAGUCAGGGCCAGAAGAACAUGGAGGCCUACUACCCUCAGAUAGACCAGCUGGACUUCUACAGGUGGAUAGGCUGUGUUGCCGUGCUGUGUUCAGUGGUUCUGGUUUUGACCUUUAACUUCCUGGGUCUGUUGUGUGGAACGUGUGGCUACGACAAACAGGCCACGCCCACCACUCGCGGCUGCCUAUCAAACACCGGAGGCAACCUGCUAAUGGCAGGUGUAGGGUUCAGCUUCAUCUUUGCCUGGGUAUUGAUGGGGCUGGUAUCAGCAGGGUUUGUUGUCGGGGGCAACAUUGAGAAGCUGUUCUGUGAACCGCUUGCUAACAGACAACUGUUCAAGAUCAUAGACACUCCCUACAUGGUCCAUCCUGCCAAGAAGAACUUCCUGCCUGGCAUGCUGUUCCAGAACCCUAACAUCAACCUGACUGUAGGAAGCAUGUACCGAGACUGCUAUGAUAACAACGGGCUGUACCAUGCUCUGCAGCUGGAGACAAUGUUCAACAUCAACACCUUCCUCAAAACAACCGUGUUUAACAAGGACCUGGUGAAGGUGUUUGACAGCGUGAGCAUCGACCUCCAGAGCAUUGUGUUAUUGGAGCAGGAUGGACGGGAUAACCUGCUAACCUUCUCUAACGCUGGGAUAGGAGAUAUUAACUAUGCUGCUUACCUAGCAGAGGUGAAUAAAGGUGUAACUCUGGUGGAUCUGCUGUCGUUUUCCAAUGAGCUGGAGGCCCAGGCCGACCUUCUGCCGCGGGGAGCUCUAGAGAAUGCUUUGAAGGGUCAUGCCAGCAGCAUACGACAGAUCCACAGAGAACAGGUCGUCCCCAUGGAGCAGGCCAUGAAAUUUGUCAGAGCGCGGAGCACCCUCAGCCAGAGCAUCCGGCUACUGCAGAGGACAGCUAAGGAACUACCUGUGAAGGUGACUAACGUCCUUAGUGCCAUCGACGAAGCAGAGUACCUCAUCACACACAACGCUUCACGCGUGGUAAAACAGGAGAGAGAUGUGUACAUGCAGAGCCUGGCUGGAUACUUCAGACAGUACACAGACUGGGUCAAAAACUCUCUGACAGGGGAGGUGUCUCAGUGUAAGCCCAUCAGUAAUCUCAUUGACUCCAUGGAGAUCGUUGCCUGCAGCUUCAUAGUCGACUCAGUGAACACGUUCUGGUUCGGUCUGGGUGGUUGCUGUGUGUUCCUGGUUCCCAGCAUCAUCCUGUCAGUCAAACUGGCCAAGUACUACAGGAGGAUGGAUACGGAGGAUGUGUUUGAAGAGGGCCAAGAAAACUGGUAGAGAAACAAAGGUGGGAAAGAGAACAAAACUACAACAACCCACAACAGAACUCUGCUGAUCUCCACCCCACAACAACCUGAUUGGAUAAGGACCUUAGCUGCCAGCCAAUUACAGUAGCCCAAAUGAUGCCCUGUACGUUCCAUCGCCCAAUCACAACACUAGUUCUGUCUGACAUCACCGUAGUUUCUGAACCUGUGUGAACACGUUGGUGGAUUAUUUCUAUAUAGUUGAUUUGAUUUAUCAGAGUUAUUAUAGACAAGUGUUCUGUUUGUUUCUACUCAGCUGGAACCACUGACUCAUCUCAAUGACUUGUACAUUUUAUACGCUUUCAACACCUUUGAAAGUUUUAUAUAUUUUUUAAUAUAAUAUGUUAGCAAGUUAGCGGACGCUAGCUACCAAACCAUGUUAGCAGACACUAGCUACCAAACCAUGUUAGCAUGUUAGCUAGCGGACGCUAGCUGCUUGUUGUUUGACAGCUGUAACCAUCGCAUUGACUUUGAUGUCAUAUCGGUGAUGUCAGGACUGUGAUGUCACGACUGAUGUCACUGCA